AUGACAGAUCAAGUGACCACUUUAAAAUCUCUUGGUGUAUCAGUGGCUACGAUCAAUUCCAACACUACUCAUGAGGAGAGACAGCGAGUUUUCGAGGACAUGCUUUGUGGCCACCCGGUCACACGUCUUCUUUAUGUCACGCCAGAAUUGUGCCAGACAGACAACUUCCGCCGCCGCCUACUCAUAGUUCACAAGCAAGGCCAGCUUAUACGCGUUGCCAUUGAUGAAGCGCAUUGCAUCAGUGAAUGGGGCCAUGAUUUCCGCCCGGCUUACAAAAACCUAGGCUGGUUCAGAAGGAAUCUUGUCAACCCGACUGUGCCCAUCACUGCGUUGACAGCGACUGCGACCCCCGAUAGCGCAGAAGAUAGCCAGCUGCAGAACCUGCUGAGAUGGCUUCGGGGCAUCCAAGCCCGACGCGAAGCCCGACUUGGCAGUGGAGUAGCGCUGCUGCCUCCAAUGUCAGGGAUCGUAUAUGUGGGGACUCGAGCUUUGGCUGAGCAUCUUGCCAGCCGGCUAUCCCAAUCCUCGGACGAGAUGGUCACGGCGGUGGCAUACCACGCCGGCGUGGAAGCCGCCAAACGCGCACAAAUCCAAUCAACAUGGAAGUCAUCUCGGUCAUUCCAACCAGCUGGUGGGGAAAAGACACCCGCUUUUUCCAUUAUUGUGGCAACAAAUGCUUUCGGGAUGGGAAUUGACAAUCCAGACGUCCGCUUUGUCGUGCAUUGGACACCACCGCGAAGUUUCGAAAGCUUUGUUCAAGAGUCGGGCCGUGCAGGUCGAGACGGCCGCGCCGCGACCUCACUUGUCUACUACGGAAUUCAAGAGAGGAACUUCAUAGAGACUAUGAUCCACCGUGAUACUGAAUCCCACCGUGCGAACGGCCCCGAAAACCGAGAGGCCAAGCUUGAAAGCUUCGGCAAGGUCAUUCGGUACUGUGAGAGUAUUAGGAGGUGUAGACAUGAACUGAUCAAACAGUUCUUUGGUGAUUUCGAGCUGGAAGAAAUGGGGUCACAACUGCCAGCCAGAGAGGGUGCGUGUGUUACGAGCUCGUCCCCUUGCGACUUCGCCUGCGAUUUCUGCAAAGAGGGCCAUGCCGGGUUGGCCAAACGCCGGGAGAAAAUGGCAUCUGAGACUGAGAUGGCUCUCCUAUACGCGGAUUUCGACUGA